UACUUGUUCUGAGUCGGUUGAGAUUUGAAGAAUAAAAUUAGAUUUAAAAGAAGUUGGACUCAUUUUAUUGGAUCACAAAAUAUAAUGAACGGAGCGAUGGCCAUGGCACCAACAUCCCAGAAUAAUGUGGAACCUCCAAACAAGAAACCUAGAGUUGAAGAUGUUACAGCGGAGAGACAGUACAGAAUCUGUGGCCUACGACUGAGCUGUGAUCAUGAGCGUGCGCCAAACAAAGAAAGAGAACGCUACAUUCGUUGAACAGAACAAAUCAGAGUUUUGCAAACUCCCACUGACACAGCAUCUAUUGUCGAAUUUGUGCGUCGCCUCAAUCUCGGAUAGUAUGCGCACAACCAUCAUUGCUCAGCCCAGAACACGGUUAGCUGUUAAUCAAAUGAUUGAACAAAGCUAAUAGUAUUAAUUCGUGAAACUGCAAAAGUCAUAAAAGAGAAAAAGAAACGUUUCAACGUGUUCUGAUUUCUGUUUCAGAGACUAGCAGACCAAAUUGGUUAUGAUCAUACGAAACCUAAUCUAGUUAUUGGUAGUCUUUUUUUGGGGCUGAUAGUGUAAACAGUAAUGAAAUUUAAAUGUGAAAACUCUGUUAAUUGAAUAAUUGCAAUGAUUUCUCUUCAAUUUUGAUAUUGUUUUUAGCACACUCUUGACAUUAUUUCUCUUACAAAAUAUAAAAUAACUUUUAUUUUAAUGGCGUGAAAAAAAAGAAGGAAAUGUAUUUCUAUUUUAAAAUACAUUUGUAUGAGUAUAUACAUGUAAUUGUGUACAUGCAUUACUUUAUAUACAAGGAUAACGUUACUGUUCUUGAUUGUUUUAAUUUCUUUGAACUUACAGUUUGGAGGACGAUCCUACCGCAGUGGGAAUUGCUGUACGACAUCGUUACUUUUUCCGUCUCUUUUUAAGUCAUUUCUUUCACUUUUUAUCCAUUUUAAAGACUUUAUAGAGAUAUAUAAAACUUAAGAAAAUUAUACAGUAUACUUGUAUACCAAAUAUUAAAUAUAUUGAAUUGAAUAUUAGUUACAUGUAUAAUUCAAAUUCUGUUUAAUUUUAACGAAUAAGAAGACUAAAAAUUAAGAAAUCGAAUCAAAUGAAUUGUUCUGGUACCUCUAUCAUCGCAAAAAAAAGUAAAAUAGAGUCAAAGCAAAUAUUAGACAACAGUUUUUAAAAAAUUCGUACGUGUGUGUGAUGGUGGAAGUACUGAAUGUAAUAUGUAUUAUAUUUCAUCUUUGUCUAAUGCCAACUUUCUUCGUAGGGAAUGCAUCAGAGUUCUUGCCCGGCCCUAUAUAUGAUCUCAAUCAAAUAAAACAAGUUGUUGCUGGACCCGGAGCUAAAUAUCUUACAUUACCUGGCAUUCUAGGUGCGGGUCUUCCAAAAAUUACAUCUGAACAACAGGAUACAGUAAAUAGAGCAAAAAAGUAUGCAAUGGAACAAAGCAUCAAAAUGGUUUUAAUGAAGCAGACUCUCGCACAUCAACAGCAGCAAAUGGCUAGUCAACGGAAUCAGGUGCAGAGACAGCAGGCUCUCGCCCUCAUGUGCAGGGUAUAUGUGGGCAGCAUCAGUUUUGAAUUAAAAGAGGACACGAUUAGGCAAGCUUUCUUGCCUUUUGGUCCUAUAAAAUCAAUCAACAUGUCUUGGGAUCCAGUUACGCAGAAGCACAAAGGAUUCGCAUUCGUCGAAUACGAGAUACCUGAAGCAGCACAACUUGCUUUGGAACAAAUGAAUGGUGUCAUGAUUGGUGGACGUAACAUCAAGGUUGUGGGGCGACCGUCGAAUAUGCCUCAGGCCCAGUCCGUUAUUGAUGAAAUUACGGAAGAGAGUAAACACUAUAAUCGAAUUUAUAUUGCGUCAAUCCAUCAAGAUUUAACUGAGGACGAUAUUAAAUCCGUGUUUGAAGCGUUUGGACCGAUUACAUAUUGUAAAUUGGCACAAGGCAGUUCGCCCCAUCGACAUAAAGGUUACGGUUUUAUUGAAUACGAAACAAUGCAGGCCGCGUUAGAAGCUAUCGCAUCAAUGAAUUUAUUUGACUUGGGUGGGCAAUACUUGCGAGUAGGCAGAGCUAUUACUCCACCAAAUGCUCUUAUGGGUCCGCCAAGUGGAACUAGUAUGAUGCCUACCGCUGCUGCGGUCGCAGCUGCAGCUGCAACUGCAAAAAUUCAAGCAAUGGAUGCUGUAGCUAGUAAUGCAGUUGCUCUUGGUUUGACCAAGCUUGGAGCAGCUGCCCCACCGAUUUUGAAUCAAGCUUUGCCUGGUAUAGUAAGACCGACUAUUGCCCCAGCGACAAUGAUGGCACCGCCAACUAUAGCAACGGUAGCACCUGUUAUACCUCCGCCUGGUAUAGCUAUACCACAAACUUUAACUCGGCCUCCUGCGAUAAUUCAACCGAUACCUGGGCAGCCAGUUGUUAUACCUCCUCCAGCUGUUGUAGCACCUACAAUAGUAGGAACUCCAGUCAUACCUGUUACAACUACGACGAAUUCCGAUAUUAUGAGACGGGCACAAGAACAAGCAGCUCAUCAAAAACAACAGGAAGAAUUACAGAAGAAAUUGUUAGAAGAGACAGAACCCCAAACAUUACAACAACAAGAAAAUAUGUCGAUCAAAGGACAAAGUGCGCGUCAUCUUGUUAUGCAGAAACUUAUGCGCAAAGUUGAAUCCCGUGUUGUUAUUUUACGAAAUAUGGUAGCCCCAGAAGAUGUAGAUGAAAGUUUACAAGAAGAAAUUCAAGAUGAAUGUUCUAAAUUUGGAGUUGUAGAAAGAGUUAUUAUUUAUAAUGAACGACAAUCGGAAGAUGACGAAGAUGCGGAAGUUAUCGUAAAAAUAUUUGUUGAAUUUUCUCAGAUGAGUGAAGCGGAACGUGCAAGGGAUUCUUUGAAUGGUCGUUAUUUCGGUGGACGUUUAGUGAAGGGAGAACUAUAUGAUCAAGCUUUAUUUGAUAAUAGUGACUUUUCUGGUUGAUUAUAAGAUACUUAUUAUCUGUUGAAUUUGUCAGUUUCUUUUGAACAAAAGAAGUUAUAUUUAUCGUUGAGUGAUAUUCCGUGCGUCUAAUCGAAAGUACAUACUACAUCUUUUGAAAUUUCAACAAUUAUAGUCUAUCUUCUGACUAACGAGUCUAGCUUUUAAUUUUUAUUUACUUUUCUAGACUUUAAAUUAAUAGAUUAGUCAGAACUAUUAUCGUUACUUAGUAAGAUAAUAGUUUUAAACAAUCGUUUUAACACUUAGCCAACCGCGCGCGUCACAACGAGCUAUACGUUUCUCACCGCGCUCGAACAAGUUAUACGCUGUCCACCGCGCAUGUUUCCAAGUAUCGAGGGCUAGUAUUCACUACUUAAAAAACAAAAGAACAAAAAAACAAAAAAAUGUAAACAAAAAAACAAAGAAAUGUAAAAAUUAUUUAAGAGGUCAAUUAUAUUUUGCGGUAAUGAUUUUAUUUAACGAUUUCACAUAUUGUUUAUACAAAACAUCAAAUUAAAAGUAUAUGUUAAAAGCAUAUAUUUAAUUAAAAACAUUAAAGGUGAUUAAUCCUUUCGCUACGGGCGACUUCUCCGCCGCGGAAUUCCCGCUGAACGAGUCGCUGCACCAAAACAGAUCACGGUACGCGAGAAAGAUCAUCAGCGGCCGCAUUUACGUCUCACUGCAAAUCGAGCUGCUGUGACGGUGU